AUGUCUUAUAACCAGAAAAAAAAAUUGAUGCCCAAGUCGGCUUUGUUGGUCAAGAAGUACCAGCGUCCGAUUCGCGCAGCAUUUCUGAGCUUGGUAGCAGCUCUAUGUCUGCUUUUCAUUCUUCGCGGGCCGGCAAACAGUGGCGAUAGCAAUAUUGCUGCCACGGGCACCGGAAAACGUAUAAUGCCUCACGCAGAUAUUGUGCAAAAAGUACACUACCCAAAAGAUGAUGGGAAGAAGGAGAAUGCUGCAUUUGUUACAUUGGCACGAAACAAGGACCUUUGGGACCUGGUACCAUCGAUUAGGCACAUUGAAGAUCGUUUCAAUAGGAAGUACCACUAUGACUGGGUCUUCCUGAACGACGAACCAUUCGAUGAAGAGUUUAAGAGAGUUACAUCUGCAUUAGUGUCCGGAACAACCAAGUACGGUUUAAUUCCAGAGGAACACUGGUCCAUUCCUGAAUGGAUUAAUAAAGAGAAAUUUGAUCAAGCGAGAGAGAAGAUGCGUAGUGAAAACGUAAUAUACGGAGAUGCGAUUUCUUACAGACAUAUGUGCCGAUAUGAGUCUGGCUUCUUUUGGCGCCACAAACUAUUAGAUGACUAUGAAUGGUAUUGGCGUGUAGAACCUGAAAUUCAAAUAUUUUGUGACAUCGACUACGACGUGUUCAAAUUCAUGAGAGAAAAUGGUAAGAAAUACGGGUUCAUCUUAUCGUUAAGUGAAUAUCAAAACACAAUCCCAACUUUAUGGGAUAAGACCAAAACUUUCAUGGAAAAAUAUCCCAAGCACAUACAUAAAAAUAACCUCAUGGACUUCAUCAGUGAUGAUGGUGGCCGAAACUACAACAUGUGUCACUUUUGGUCCAACUUUGAGGUAGGAUCACUAGACUUUUGGCGUUCAGAGGCGUACCGUGAUUACUUUGAAUAUCUGGAUAAAAGUGGUGGGUUCUUUUACGAGCGUUGGGGUGAUGCGCCUGUUCACUCGAUUGCUGCGGCACUAUUUUUAGACAAAGAUGAGUUACAUUUCUUCGAUGGUAUUGGUUAUUACCAUCCGGCAUUUACUUCCUGCCCAGUGGAAGAAAGUAUCAGAGUUCAGAACAAGUGCGCCUGUGAUGUUGAGAAAGACCAAACUUGGUAUACCUACUAUUUCUGCACUAGGAAGUACUUCAAGGCCAAAAAUCUGUCUCUACCUCCUGGUGUCGAACCAUCACCAUAA